CGCGGCGGCUCCGGCUAACCGGCGACACACGGAUCUCACCGAUACGGUGGCCUUUAGGUGCUUUACCACCCACACCAAAUCACGCGCCCUUCCACCCCCACAUACAUACAAACAACCACCGCCGCGUCUUGACCCAAAAGGUGAAAAAACACCCACCACCUCGGGCUCGCGCAUCUCCCCCCGCUUCUCCACUCCGCCUCGCCUCGAGCCUCCCUCCUCUGACUCCCUUUUAAAAUUCCCUCGCCGCCGCGCCCCCGCUGGCCCGCACACACCUCCCUCUCGCACGCAGGUCGCAGGCAGCGGCGCCACCGCACCCCGCGCCGGAGAUGGGGAACAGCCUCGGGGGCAAGCGCAAGGGCGCCAAGGUGAUGCAGCUGGACGGCACCUCCUUCCGCGUCAAGCCCCCCGCCGCCGCGGCCGACGUGCUGCGGGACCACCCGGGCUUCCAGCUGCUCGAGUCGGAGGAGGUCAAGCUCCUGGGCGCCCGCGCGCGCCCGCUGCCGCCCGACGCGCCGCUCCGCCGGGGCCGCCUCUACUUCCUCGUCGCGCUCCCGCGCCGCGCCCCCGCCGCCGCCGGGGCCAUGCGCCGCGCCUGGUCGGGCAACCUCCGCGUCGGGGCCCGCGAGCGGCUCGAGUCGCUCAUGCUCGCUCGCCGCUCCACCUCCGACCUCUCCUCGCUCCCGGCCCACGCCUCCGCCUCCGCGCCCACCUCGCCGCUCCCCAGCGGCGCCACCUCCCCGCUCCCCGGCCCCGGCGGCGCCACGCCCGUGCGGCUCAAGAUGCGCCUCCCCAGGGCGCAGGUUGAGAAGCUCAUGGGCGAGAGCAAGGACCCCGCCGAGGCCGCCGCCAAGAUCAUGGAGCUCUGCGGCGCCGCGCACGCCAGCGCCAGGGUCACCCCGGAGCGGCCGCCCGGGAUACUGCGGAGCCCGCGGUUCGCGAAGACGCCCGAGUGGGGCGCCGGCUUCAUGCUGCCGCCGCCGGCGCCGUCCAAGACGCCGCAGCGGUGGCCCACGCUGCCACGCACCACGGAGAAAAAGGCAAGGUUCGUGGAGUUGCCGGACGAGCUAAUAGCAUGACUUGUACUUCCCUGAAGCGAGUUAACUCUUCUCUCUUCUCUUUUUUUUUUACUGUCGCAAGCAUGUUUGGUGAUUGUCAGGCCAGGAGAUAAGGAAUUGUAAACUUAUCUUCAGGCGGGGCUGUACUUCUUCCUUCCAUCGCUCAUUUGAGCGGAACAGCUAUGGUUUGAAGAUGAGAAGCUGCCUAUGGCUUCCAAUUCACCUUGAAUCCUUGAUACAAUGAUCUGACACCGUGUUAGACUGUUA